GAAUUUUCCGGAAGUGUCGUCUGAACUAGCUGUGAAGCUAUUCGGUUACAGUCUUUGGACUGCUCCGUGUUGUUUUGUGUUUAAAAUUUCGGUUUCUUCAGAAAAAAUGAAACAGAUAAGCAAUCUGUAAUCCUAGUAGUUUAAUCAACGGAUAUACCGAAAGCAUUUAUUGCUGUUUUCUCUAAAAGGGAGGUCUUUGUGGACAGGUUCCUUGCAGUCCAGCUGACAAAUCACAAUGAUCACUAGAAGUCGUCGCACUGUCACCAGCACAGAAGUGCAGUCUGCAGAGGUUGAGGCAGUAGAUGUGGAAAGUAUGAAAGGUCUUCCGAUUCCAUGUGACGGAUUCCAAGAUGAAGAUAUGGAUGCUGCUGGAGUAGAGCUUGAUGACCUGUUUGAAGACUUAAAAUGGACACUAGACAGAGAUGCUUCAUCCCCGCUCUUCAAUAUUGAUUUGGCUGAUCUCUGUGUGUACAACACCAAAGAUGGAGACUCCGGGCUUGAAGCUUCAACUGCCUCAUCUCCAGAGAGAGAUUCUUCUGACUCCCAGAACAGCAGGCAAAAACAGUCAAGUCACGUGAAUAACAAAAAUGCCAUCGCUGCCAGAUUAAAUCGUCUCAAGAAGAAGGAAUAUGUCAACAGCUUGGAGCAGAAGAUCGGCAUUCUUUCAACAGAAAAUAGCACGCUCAAACUAGAAAAUUCUCAGCUGACCAAGAGAGUGGAAGAGUUGGAAGAUGAAACCAGGUACUUGAGGGCUGUGCUGGCAAAUGAGAGCAUGUUAGCCCAGCUCUUGUCCAGGCUGAGCGGUGUGAAUGGGAUGAAAUUAUCUUCCUCGCUUUUCCAGGGGCCCAACUUAAACGAGCAUGACUACGCCCUGCCCAGGAAACGGGCCAGAGUGGAGGAAAAAGAAACAUCUGGUGGUGUGUGUCUACAUGUGGACAAGAAUCAUGUCUCAGUGGAGUUCUGCACCAAGUGUGCAGAGAGUGCAAGCACGGUGCUCAAAAUUUUCUUCUAGGUAAUUGGUUGAUCCACCAUGCGGGAUGAGUGGCUUUCAGAGCGCCUUUGCCUGCUUGGCUCCUUGUGGAUUCUGCUGGUGGAAGGGGAAGAGGCUGGACAAGCGGCUGCCAUCAUGGCCUGGUAUUUUUUAAAGGUAGUAUUGGUAUCAAAUGGUAUUUGUGAUCCUAUUUCAUCACUACUCCACAACAUCUGUAGCUGCAGAGCCUGUCAGCAUAGCUCUUGCAGCAUUUUUAAGGGCUGACUAUAGCUUCUCGUUUAUGCAAACACAAGUUUAACAGUCUCAGAGUUAUAACUUGUAUAUAUUGUUGGAAUGUAUAUUUAACAUACAUAGACAAAUCUGCUGUAAGUGGGAAAAAAAAAUGUGUAAAUAUGUACAUAACUCUGAACACAUACUGUUUUAGGUAAAUGGCCUUUGAGAAAUGCUGGACGAAUAAAUCCUAUUUGCAGUACUUUUGACUUAAAAGCAUCUGCUUGUUUUG